CCUGUCUUGGCCAAUGGGGCAUGGUCAUUAGGGCUGACCAGAGCGGGCCCCGGCAUAUAAGAAGGGCCGUAUGGCACCAGAGAAACCACAUCACUCACUGAUCACCUACGACCACACAAACCCAAACAAUCAUGGACGUAUUCUCUACAUCCCAGAUCUUCUACGAUAGCGCUUGCGCCUCGUCGCCUGAAGCUUUGGAGUUCGGUCCCGGAGGUGAACUGGCCGGGUCUGAAGAGGACGAGCACGUCCGGGCCCCCGGGGCCCCGCACCAGCCGGGUCACUGCCUUCAGUGGGCCUGCAAAGCUUGUAAGCGCAAAGCCAGCACGGUGGACCGCCGGAGAGCCGCCACUAUGAGGGAGCGCCGCAGGCUGAAGAAGGUGAACCACGCGUUCGAGGCACUACGCCGCUGCACCUCAGCGAACCCCAGUCAGCGUCUUCCCAAGGUGGAGAUCCUGAGGAACGCCAUCCAGUACAUCGAAAGCCUUCAGGAGCUCCUCAGGGAACAGGUGGAGAACUACUACAGCCUGCCUAUGGAAAGCAGCUCUGAGCCCGCCAGCCCUUCCUCGAGCUGUUCUGAUAGCAUGGUUGACUGCAACAGUCCUGUAUGGCCUCAGAUGAAUCCAAACUUUGGGAACAACUACAACUUCGAAGCACAAAAUGCUAGCGCAAUGGACAGAGCUCCCGGAGCGUCCAGUUUGCAGUGUUUGUCCAGCAUCGUGGACAGGCUGUCCUCUGUAGAUACAGGAGUUGCAAUGGGAAUGAGGAACAUGGUUGCUCUCUCUCCAACUGGAAGUGAUUCCCAGUGCAGUUCUCCAGAAAGUCCCAGCAACAGACCGGUCUACCACGUCCUGUGAGAGGGAGCGAGACGCUCUGCGGCACCCGUUCACGUUGCAUGUUCAUUUAUGAAGUCUUUCGGAUCGUUUGAUAAUGCUUUCAGAUACCAAUAAGAAUGUAGUCAUUGCAAACCUCCAUGCAUCACAGUGACAACGAUUUGCCUUCAAAAUCACGGCUGAAAUGCGAAACAAAGGCUUGGUUAUAAUAUGUGACCAUGCUUUAAAAAAGCCGUACUAUGCAUAAAAAAUAUGUCACACAGUGGAUGUUUUUUACCAUGUUGACUGGCUGUACAGCUGUACUGCAUCGAAACUGGUUUUAUUUAAUCAUUGAGGUACUGUAUUGUAAUAUUAGCCAACUUAAUGUUAUCCACGACCUACCAUCAUUUGUGUUGUAAAUAAGAUUGUACAUAAUUUAAAUAACUGUUAUUGUAUUCGCGUAAUGUCGUUUCUGUCGUAUUUAAUGAACAUUCUUGCAUAAAGUGACUUUUUUUCCCAAUAAUAAAUUUCAAAAGUUGUAUUUAAUGA